AGGGGAAACCCCGCGAGGUCACCGCUGGUAGGCUUUCGCUGCUCGUGUCCCUUCCUGCCUCUGGAUUCGCGGCACCGCCACUGUCGACAUGCCCAUGAAAGGUCGCUUUCCCAUCCGCCGCACCCUGCAGUACUUGGGCCAGGGGGAUGUUGUAUUCAAGGACUCAGUGAAGGUCAUGACUGUGAAUUACAACACGCACGGGGAGCUGGGCGAAGGUGCCAGGAAAUUUGUGUUUUUCAACAUACCUCAGAUCCAAUACAAAAACCCUUGGGUGCAGAUCAUGAUGUUUAAGAACAUGACCCCAUCACCCUUCCUUCGAUUCUAUUUAGAUUCUGGUGAGCAGGUUCUCGUGGAUGUGGAGACCAAGAGCAAUAAAGAGAUCGUGGAGCACAUCAAAAAAAUCCUGGGGAAGAAUGAGGCAACCCUCAAGAGAGAGGAGCAGGAGAAAAAGCAGCUUUCUCACCCCGCUCACUUUGGACCUCGAAAGUAUUGCCUGCGGGAGUGCAUCUGUGAGGUGGAAGGGCAGGUGCCCUGCCCAGCCCUGGUGCCGCUGCCCAAGGAGAUGACAGGGAAGUACAAAGCAGCUUUGAAAGCUAGUACCCAGGACUAAGGCCCCAGGCCUGUGGGUUAGGGUUACCUUGGGCAUAGGGUAACCCUAUGCCCAAUAGUCUCUCUGGCUGUCCCCAGAGAGACUGUGAAAAUAAAGUGCCCCUUGAUCACUCCAGCAGCAUGGUAUGUAUCCAGUCUGGUACGAGGAGGAAGACCUGCAUGGGGACAGGGCUUUGGGAUCAGGCUGUUAAGGAGACAGACAGCCUGUUGAUACCCCUGCAUUGACCUUGUGGCCUUUUCCCAGUCUCCACUGGUUUCAGCAUCUCUUCCAGACCCUGCUCUGGAGAAUUAAGAGUUGCUGUGGUUGAGUUUGGUUGAGGCCAUCCAUAGCUGACAGUAUGGAUGUCCCCUCCAUUCAGACUCUGGUUAUUUUUCAGAAGUUCUAGAGCAAACCUUCAUGCAGUGCUCACUUUUAAAACUAAAGCCAACUGAUCCUUUCCUCCCGAGGGGCCUGACUAUGGGCAUGGCAGAGAUGCAGGAAGCCCCGGUGGCCUGCAGAGACCAGCGUCCCUUAGGAAUGCAUCCACCGGUGAGCCAGCCCCUGUAGUCCCAGCCCCGUAGCAGGUAGGUUUUACAGACCCUGGAGGAAGAGAGAAGGCGCCUACGGAUCAAGACUUUUGGGCCCUUCUCUGAGUGGCUGAUGUUGGAGGCUGCCUCUCAGUUCACUGUCUUGGUUUGUUCAGUUCUUUAAGUUUUGGAAGAGGUCUGCCUAGUAGUUCUUUCCUCUUUAAGGACACUGAUAUUUCUAACACUUUAGUGUGCUGGUUUUAGCCAUUAGGAGACAUCAAAGCCCUCUGAGGUUCACUGUAACAAGUGAAGGGCCAGCUGGACUACAGACCCGUGCAAAUACAGACCGGGAGACUUUGCCCAGUGGGAUGCAGCAAGAAGGUGGGCGUAGAAGAGCAGGCGUUAGGUCCAGGUUCCUCUCUGAUGAGACACUUCCUUGGUUGAGGUCUGACCAUCUCUGUAAAAUGGGAAGAGGGCAUCACCCCAUAAGGUGGUGAGCUGUGGGAAAUGAGGUGAAACUAGAAUGUUUUAUUUGAAUGUUGGAGAUUAUUCCAUUAAAUUAAGUCUGGCUCUUUUUACA